AUCAAUACCAUUAUGGGCCUCUAAAAUCCAAUAUCCGUCAGGGCUUUAUUAACAAUCAUAACUGAUUUUUUCCCCCCAUUCAUUAGAGCACUGCUAAUGUAGAAAAUGGGAGACUGGAACUUCCUCGGCGGGAUCUUGGAGGAGGUACAUAUCCACUCCACCAUGGUUGGCAAGAUCUGGCUGACCAUCUUGUUCAUAUUCCGGAUGUUGGUGCUGGGCGUCGCAGCAGAAGACGUGUGGAACGACGAGCAGUCCGACUUCGUCUGCAACACCGACCAGCCCGGCUGCCGCAACGUCUGCUACGACCAGGCCUUCCCCAUCUCCCUCAUCCGCUACUGGGUGCUACAGGUGAUCUUCGUGUCCUCGCCCUCCCUGGUGUACAUGGGUCACGCCAUCUACCAGCUGCGAGCUCUGGAGAAGGAGCGCCACUGCAAGAAGGUGGCUCUCCGUCGGGAGCUGGAGGCGGUGGACGUGGAGCUGGUGGAGAUGCGGAGGAGGAUUGAGAAGGAGAUGAAGCAGCUGGAGCAGGGGAAGCUCAACAAAGCUCCGCUGAGGGGCUCUCUGUUGUGUACUUAUCUGGUCCACAUUGUUACUCGCUCAGUGGUGGAGGUCAGCUUCAUGGUGUGUCAGUACAUCCUCUAUGGACACCGCCUGCACCCUCUUUACAAGUGUGAAAGGGAGCCGUGCCCAAAUGUAGUAGACUGCUUCGUCUCCAGGCCCACUGAGAAAACCGUUUUCAUGUUGUUCAUGCAGGGGAUUGCCUGUCUCUCCCUCUUUCUCAGCCUUCUUGAGCUCAUGCACCUGGCAUUCAAGAAGGUUAAGAAGAGCAUCCUGGACUUCUACCCACAUCUGAAGGCCGAUCUCGAUGAUUAUUAUGUCGACAAGUCAAAAAAGAACUCAGUAGUGCAACAGAUUUGCGUAGGCACGUCUGUGGGUCCGAAGACUACUAUCCCCACAGCACCGUGUGGAUACACAUUACUGUUGGAGAAGCAGGGCAACGGCCCUGCCUACCCUCUUCUUAAUGCCUCCUCUGUCUUCGUCCCAAUAAAAGGGGACCCUGGUGUAAAGCCAGACAGCCACAAGGACGGCAAGGAGGGAGUGCCGAGCCCCACGGAGCAAAACAGCAACUCCAACAACACGAGCAGCGAGACACGUUCUCCUCCUGCAGACAAACAGGAUGAGCCAGACGAACAACCUUCACCCCAUCAUGAGGACAUGGAGUGUGCCAGCUCUGAGUACCCCACCCUCCCCGUAGCAGACACUUCCUCCUGCACCACACUGUCAGGCAUUGCAAGGAAGUCACAGAGGGUCAGUCCACCUUGGCACUGCUCCACUCUGGUCGAGAGGAAUGGCUCGGACAGUGGAGAUUCCUACCACGGGAACAACAGCGUGAAGCUACAUAGCAGCUGUGUCGGACCCCGAGCAAGGAUGCUCUCGAAAUCAGACAUAAAGAGGCCGAGCAGGUCUCAGAGCCCGGACUCUGCAGGGGAGCUGAGCUCAGUAUCUCGACACAGUCGAGAGAGCAACAGCCCCACCGCCUCCUCUCCAAACCGCCGAGUGUCAGCGGCGAGCAGUGCCAGCAGCAGGAGAGCUCCAACUGAUCUGCAAAUAUAAACAGACAGUAUGCUCGCCAACGUGGUGACAGAAACUCUCAAUAAGCCAUGUUUGGGUGCAACUUAUGUGAACACUAUUUUACUGCACUUUUCACACAUUUAAAGCUCUUUAAAAGACAUCAUAACAAGCACAAAAGGCCUUUGUUACCCAUUGCUAAGGAGAUUAUGCUCUUGACUCCGAAGAGCAGCCUUUUUCCAUCAUAUUUCAAUUUAAAUCUGCGAUCUAACAUCUACUUUUCGGAUAUUAACAGGUGGUGAGACCACAAUAGACUGUACAUUAACCUGCAGUAGGCAGAAUAUUUUUGGCAUCAUUGGGCAAUAAUUCCAUAAUAACCUUGCAGCAUAUUGUAAUUCAGGUGUUCUGAGAGAUAACUAGAC